AUGUCUUGGAAAUUGACCAAAAAACUCAAGGAGACCCAUCUUGGCCCUCUUGCGAACACAUUCUCUCGAUCCCCCUCGACAUCUACGAUUACGCCAGACCCUAAGGACGAAAAGGCAGGAAUAUCUGGAACCUCCACUCCUGCCAACGACAAUGGCAUUGCCGCCUCUGAACUCAUAGCGACCCAACCUCCAGCGCAACCCCGACCCGGAAUCUUGAUCGUUACACUACACGAGGGUGCCGGCUUCUCCCUACCAGAGCAAUACAAGGCGACUUUAAGUCAUCACCAGCAGAAUUCGCUCUCGCAAGGAAACGGGUUUGGUGUGGCAGGAUCCGUCCGACCUGGCUCCUCGCAGCAACAAGGAAGUGUUGCUGGCUCAUACGCAACAAAUGCGAGACCGCAGACAUCCGGUGGUGGUUUUGGAGUCGUCCCUACAAAUCACGGCCGAAUAUCGUCUAAAUACCUUCCCUACGCUCUUCUAGAUUUCGACAAAUUGCAAGUCUUCGUCAACUCAGUCGCAGGCACUCCUGAGAACCCCCUAUGGGCCGGUGACAACACCGCAUAUAAGUUCGAUGUUUCACGAGUUACUGAGCUUGCAGUACAUUUAUAUCUUAGAAAUCCCAAUGCCCCGCCAGGAUCCGGGCGUAGCCAGGACAUUUUCCUCGGUGUCACACGAAUCAAUCCUCGAUUCGAAGAAGUCCGUAAAUACGUGGAGGAUCCAAAAUUAGGAAAGAAGGACAAGGAGAAGGCUGCAGCAGAAUGGCAAGCCAGGGAAAAGUCCUUAGGUCUUAGCGGAACCGAAUGGCUAGAUGUCUCAUAUGGUACUGGAAAGCUCAAGAUUGGCGUGGAGUACAUUGAAAACAGAACCCGCUCGUUGAAGAUUGAGGACUUUGAUUUGUUAAAGGUCGUCGGAAAAGGAAGUUUCGGAAAGGUCAUGCAAGUCAAAAAGAAAGACACACAACGAAUUUACGCCCUCAAGACGAUCCGCAAAGCACACAUCAUCUCUCGAUCAGAAGUUGCACAUACUCUCGCCGAGCGAUCGGUCCUCUCACAAAUCAACAAUCCCUUCAUCGUGCCACUUAAAUUCACCUUUCAAUCUCCCGAAAAGCUGUACUUCGUCCUUGCCUUUGUCAACGGAGGAGAGCUCUUCCACCACCUACAGAAAGAGCAGCGCUUCGACAUCAAUCGCUCUAGAUUUUAUACAGCUGAGCUUCUUUGUGCUUUGGAAUGUUUACAUGGUUUCAAUGUCAUCUACCGCGAUCUGAAACCAGAAAACAUUCUUCUCGAUUACUCUGGACAUAUUGCACUUUGUGACUUCGGUCUCUGCAAGCUUGAUAUGAAGGAUGAAGACCGCACAAAUACGUUCUGUGGUACACCUGAAUAUCUUGCUCCUGAGCUGUUACUGGGCCAAGGUUACACCAAAACAGUCGAUUGGUGGACUCUGGGUGUCCUCCUAUACGAGAUGUUGACAGGCCUUCCUCCUUUUUACGAUGAAAACACCAAUGAAAUGUAUCGAAAGAUUCUAUCCGAGCCACUGCAUUUCCCUGGUCCUGAGAUUGUACCUCCUUCGGCCAAGGAUCUACUCACCAAACUCCUGAAUCGCAAGCCAGACCAGCGUUUGGGAGCUAACGGCGCCUCUGAAAUCAAAGCGCAUCCAUUCUUCCAUAGCAUCGACUGGCGCAAGCUUUUACAACGAAAGUACGAGCCAACUUUCAAACCCAAUGUGACCGAUGCACUUGACACGAAAAAUUUCGAUGAUGAGUUCACGCGUGAAGCGCCAACAGAUUCUUUUGUCGAUGGACCCAUGCUUUCACAGACAAUGCAGCAACAAUUUACCGGUUGGUCGUACAAUCGCCCAGUUGCGGGAUUGGGCGAUGGGGGAGGUAGUAUCAAAGAUCCUUCAUUUGUUGGCAGCGUUCAAGACAGAUAA